AUGGAGGAUAGCUACAAGCCAAUAGUCCAGCCGCAAAGAAGAUUGAAUCCAACAAUACAGGAAGUAGUGAAAAAAGAGAUCGAAAAGUUGUUGGCAACAAGAUAUAAUCAGAUACCAAUUGCACUAGAAGAUCAAGAUAAGACAACCUUCACAUGCCCUCAUGGAAUAUAUGCCUAUAGGAGAAUGUCAUUUGGAACCAAAGUCACUAUUUUUACUGAUCAUGCAGCUUUAAAAUACCUCUUAGCUAAGAAAGAUGCUCGACCUAGAUUAUUAAGAUGGAUUUUACUUCUGCAAAAAUUUGACCUUGAGAUAAAGGACAAAAAAGGGACAGAGAACCAAGUAGCUGACUAUUUGUCUAGAUUAGAAAACCCUCCCCUUGAGUUUAAUGAGAUAAAAGAAGAAUUUCCAGAUGAACAUAUUUUUUCAGUUAACACAAUUGUGACUCGACCACCCUGGUUUGCAGAUAUCGCGAACUACUUGGUUGGAAAAUGGACACCACAAGAUUUCUCUUACCAACAAAGAAAAAAACUUAUAUCUGAUGCAAAGUAUUGUCUCUGGGAUGAACCUUACUUAUUUAAAAAUUAUGUUGAUAAUAUCAUUAGAAGGUGUGUACCUGAAGAAGAGAUGAAUAAAAUUCUAUAUCACUGUCAUGAUGGAGCAAUUGGAGAACAUUAUGCAACAAAUCGAACGACUUUUAAAGUCUUAGAAGCCGAAUUCUUCUGGCCCACACUCUUUAAAGAUACCCGAGCAUAUGUAGCACAAUGUGACAGGUGUCAGAGAACAGGUAAUAUCACCAAGAGAGAUGAGAUUCCAAUGCAAUCAAUACAGGUUAUUGUACAACCAGAACAUCUCAUGAAGGCCUCUACAAAAACAGAGUCACCUAUGUAG